CUGCCAAGUUAUACAACGAUGAGAGCCUUGCACGGCGAGAAAAUUGACUGUUAUGCGCUCUCAAGCGUAGACGCCUUUGUGGACAGGAAACUGAUUAGAAUUUGCCCGAGGAAUUCGAGCGUGGAGGGAUAUCCGUUGCCAAUGGAUACUUCGUUUUAUGAGAUUGGCGAAGAAUUUGUCAGCUGCGUUUCCUGCCUGGGGGCUUGUAUUACGUGCGAACAGCUCAGGCGAUUCGAUUCCUGAAAUAAGUGGUGUUGUGGUAGAAUCCAUUAUAGCGAGAUAGUCGGGUCAGACAUUUUUUUAUGUGACCGACGCCAUUUGCAAAAAUUUAAAAGGACUUAUCGAUUUUUUUAUGUGGACUUAGAAUUUUGUCACGGGAUAGCGUACAAGUUGAUAACUGUAAUUUAUCGACUCUAUUGUGAUGGAGUUAGCGGGUUACGUCAUAUUUUAAUACGGGAUUAAAUCACUGCGAGAAAGAGGAUAUAGCACACAGUUUGAUAGGACUUAACAACUCUGAUGUAUUAUCCCCCACAUGAAGAUUUUCAUAAGGCAUUUGUAGCAUGCAGAAUAUGCAAAUAAAAGCAGAGAAACAAGAUUCUGGAUACCGUGUUGCUACGGAGGUCCAGCCAUCACCAGCACUGCCCUCCCAUAAUGGAGGUCCCCCUUCCCACCCCUCACAAUUAAAUAAUGGAUACAGACACAUGCCCCCACAGCUGUACUCAGCAUAUGGCCAAGUUCCUGGCCAGUUUCCACCACCAAACCUCCAGGGAGGACAGCCACCAUAUUUCCCACCACCCACAACAGUAUCAGUUUCACAAAUGAGUCAGGUCACAAAUGGAGUAAGUGGUGAACAAGAUGCAGAAAAAUUAAAAGUAUCAGAAAAUCAAAUAGACUUCUCUAGUGUUAAGGGGAUUUUUGGAUGGACUACGGUUGAUGGGGUGAAUGUGCCUUAUAUAUUUAGAAAAGACAAACAAUUUGUUUCAGUUCGUAUUGUGGAACAAAAACUUCUCAGCAAGUAUCCAAAUUCAUAUCCAGAUGAACUAGGCAAGCAUCAACCACUGACAAGUUAUUUCAUUACAGUCCAUGAAGCUAAACUAUUGAAUGAAAUCAAUAGUGUGCACUGUGGUGGUGAAUUUGGCCAAAAACAGUUUAAUUCCAAAGAUUUAAUUGUACUAUUAGAGGACUUUGUGGAUUUUUACAAUCUUGUUAAAAAGACAUUUCCAGAGGCCAAGCAAACUGAAUCUAAUGCUAAUGGGUCUAUGGUAUCAUCACCUUUGCAGUCCAUGCAAGUAAAUCUGAAGCCAUCAGAUGAUAGCAAUGAACCUUGUGGGUGGAUACAGGUGAACAAUACUGUGACUCCCUAUGUGAGAAGAGACGAAUAUGGAAAAUUUGUCCCAUUGUCCGUCAUGAAGUAUGCAGCUGCACUAAGUAUUCCGGAAAAGGGUGUGCUGCCCUCUGAGGAAGAAUGUGAAUUGUUAAACAAAGCUUGCAAAUUGGCUGGCUUUAACUUUACUUUUUCCAUGACAACAAGAAUCAUAUGUUUAACAGACAUAUUGAAACACUGCCAAGUUCACAUCAUGGAACUUCCAAUGGAAAACCCUCUACAGCAUGCACAGUAUUUAGAUCUCCCAUCAUCCACCUCAUGCACCUCUCCAAACUCAGCAGGAAGUCCAUCCACGGUAAUAUCUUCCAUAUCUGGGCAGACACAAGCAUCAACACAACCAUCUCCACAAUCAAUGAGACAAGACAUUUCUGAAUUAUCAGUAGUCUCAACUGAUAAACAACUAACACCUGAACAAGCCACUCAUUACCCACCUCCUGGUCCCUACAUGGCACCACCAUAUCCAUACAUGGAUCCCAGAUAUGUGUUUACAUAUAACAGACAUCCUAUGUACCCAGUAAAUUACGGUCCCCCUAAUGUGACUGUCAAUCAGCCUCAUCCUAGCUUCCAACCCGGAAGCAGACCCCCAUACCAAAAUGGACAUUUUCCAGUAGGACAACAAAGUAGUUCUUACCCAUCUCAAGAUCAAAUGAGACCAUCUCACUCUCCAAUCAGGAGCCCAAAUGCUAAUAUUCCACCUUCUUCCAUGAAUAAUCAUGUGUCACCUACUGCUGGAAGGAGACCAAGGAUUCCAUUAAACAAUGCACCACCAAAUAUGUAUCAUCCCUCACAGAUGAAUACUCGCAUGCGUGCUCCAAACAUGCAACAAUACAAUAUGGCAGGUAGACCAAGAGGAAGUGUUGGUAGACCACCCUACACCCCUCGAGGAUCCUCCUCUAGUAGAAUGCCAGAUACCAGCAAUAUGCAGGGUUUUCCUUUUGUACCAAAUUAUCCUUUGCCACAGAUGGUACCUCCUAAUCAGCAAGGCCAGGGAAUGACCAUGAGAGCCAAAACAGUGAAUAUUCCACCCCCUCCCAACAUGUCUGGACCUCAUCAAGCACCUGGCCAACAGGCCAGUAGAAUGCCAUUGCAGGGUCUUCCAAAUGGUCCCCAAACAGCUCCACCCUCUGGAGGACAACAGAUAAACAGUGACCCAAAAGUCAAUGGAGUAGCAGGAAACACUUCAGUUUCAUUGCCACAGGAGAGAAAUGUUUCUCAGAAUGGUCAAAAUCAAACCAAAAACAAAACUACGCCACCUGCUUUGGUUGAAAGUAUUAAAGGGGUUUGGCUUGCAGGCAAAAGCAUUUCCUGUAUGCAUUUAGACAGGCCUGGAAGACAGGGCAAGUUUUGCCUUGUGGAGGCUGUGUGCAAACUGUAUUUCAAUGGUUGCAGUGUGAAUGAAUUUCUUUAUGCUCUAGAGAAUGUUUUAAAGGUUCCCUUAGUUACCUGCACAGAUGAAGAAGAAAAAUCAUUUAUUCACUACUACAGUUUACCUGUUUCAGUCCUUAAGUGCAACAAAAUGAUCAAUUACAAUGACUUAAAUGAAUACUUUCCACAACUUUCUUAUGUGUUUCGAGAAAAAACGGGGUCAACUAGUGAUAGUCAGAGUAGCCAAACAUCUACCUCAAACAAAAACCCAUCCAAAAGUAUCAGUGAGGAUUUAUCAAGAAAGCGACCUUUAAAUACAAACAGUGGGCCAGCCAGUAAGCAACCUUGUCGCAGACUGGAAGCAACUGUACAAAGACUAAUGAGUCAACAAGAAUCACAAACAGGGGAGCAUCCCAAUUAUCCUAAAUUGAAUGGGGAAUCCUCAGGGGGAGCUGUUAUUAUUUUGGAUUGAAUUGAUACCUCCAUAAAGUAUCAUUCUUUUCAAACAGAGACCACCAAAAGCCAGGCAUAAGAAAUGCCCCCAUUAUAUGGAACAUUGAGGACCAAAAACAGAGCAUAUUCAAAGUAUGGACUUGGAGAUGAAUCAAGAAUCUGUGUUAGGGCGGUUGGCUGAAUGACCUUCAGUUACCUUCCAAGCAAGAGACACAGGAUUAUAAACUUUGAUGUUACUGACCACAAAAGUAUUCCAUGGUUAUAUAAAUGGCAAUACUGGAUCAAAGGUUGUAUUCAUGUUGCAAGCAUUAUUUUUUUGUAUAUAUAUCAAAACUACACACUGAGACCCAUACUUCUGUAUAAUAAAUGUACUGCAUUUUCUGUCAAGCAAAGGAGAGGAGAUCUAUGCCAAGAUAUUCUGCAAAAAUGUCAUGCUUCUAAUUAAGAAAUUUUAUAUAUAUAUAUUUAAUGAUAUGUUUUGUAUAUUUUGUCUCAUUUGUGUUCAUUACAAUAUUGGGCAUUAUUGACAAGAACAGCACAGAGAACCAAAGAAAGACAACUCUUUCACACAGCAAUAAUUAUUAUUUUUGGACAUUUGCAUUUUUACUGCCUUGAACACUUACUAUUUUGGUUAAGUCACAAUUCAUCUUAGCUCACAUGAGCAUAUCAUAAAUAAUAUGAGUAAAAAAGAUGUUAUUAGUUUGAUUUUAUUACUUAAUUUUACUACAGUACUUAGAAAUGUUUAAAAAAGUAAGACAUGCUGAAGAUCAAACUCCAUCAAAACCAGGCUCUUUGAUUUUCAAUGCAGAUACUUUUCCUUUUUUUAUUUUUUGACUGUAUAUAAUUUUUUUCUGUGAAUAUGAUUUGUUGUUAGUGUAUUGUUAUAAAUGCAUAUAAUUUAGAACCUUUUUUGAAAGUGCCAUUUAUUUGGUAUUAUUUGUAGUGCUGUAGAAAAAAAACUAUAUUAUUAACACUUACUGUAGAACUUGAUUAACUGCUGAUUUGUGUUUUUGUAUGAAGGGGAAAAUAUAAAAAAAAAAAAUUCUGUCAAAAUUGAAAUAAUAAUUCUUACACAAAAUUCAAGAGAAAUGGGCAUUCUAGUAAUAGACUACAAUCCAGGGUAAAAUAGUAAAUUAUUGUAGAAAAAUCAUUAUGUCAGUCUUUCACAUCAUCACACAUGUAUGUUCAACUUUCUUUCUUUGUUUUUCAUUUAAAGGGGGACUUGAAUAAUUUUGCCAAAAGACCAACAAUUUCUAGUUUUUAUUGUUUUAUGUUUUUUUUUUUUUUUUGGUUGUUAAUGAAUCAAUUUACAGGACCCUAUGAGUUUAUACAAUCAUGUUUUCAUUGGAAUUUUUUUUUUCUUGAAAGGGGGGUGUCUUUCACAGUGCUCAAGUAUGUACUUGCUGAAUAGUAUGUAGUCAAAGUUUUCUUUGAUUUUGACUUGAAAUGCUACAGUGAGGUAUUUCAUCACAGUAAUUGUUUUAUAUUUUCAUGGCUUACAUUGGUAGCAAGAAAUGAUGACGAAAUUCAUCUCUAUCAAUCAAAUUGACUUCUGCCAAAAAUAUAACUUAUAAAUGUAGUAUUUAUUGCACACUGACAUAUUUACAAGAAGUAGUAGCAAAGGUGUCUGUUUUAUGAUUAAAUUCAUAGAACAAUGUAAAAUAAAGUUAUAAAAUUUGACAGGUUUUUUUUUUCACAAUUGUCAGGUUUUUGCAAUUGAACAUAUGCAUACUGGAGUUUGUAUAACUUAUGGGGAUAACUUAAAAUCCACAGUUGUGUCCAUACAGUCAAUUUAAAUCUACCAAAAAAAAAACAAAACAAAAAAAAACCCCAAUGAUUUCUGGAAACGUUUUCAAUUCAUAUUAUGAAUUAGUAAAAUCAAAAGUAUAUGUUUGCACAGUAUUUCAUCUUUUGAUUUUUAAAAUAAUAACAAAAUUCUUUGUGUGCAAAUUCAUUAGCAGAUGUACAGAGGUAAUUCUGAGUCAAUGAUGUUAAUGCAUUUAUAAACAUUGAGGAUUAAAGAGACAAGUCGAUUCAUUGCUGAGAUAUGUUUACAGCUCUCUCUCUCUCUCUCUCUCUCUCUCUCUCUCUCUUUCUCUCUGAAAUACACGUAUGUAUGUAUAGUUUUUUUACAGUCUUUUUAACCUGACAUUUUUAUUCAUAGCAUGUCCAUUUCGUCAUAAACAUGUAUUCAUAUCACGUUUUGUUGAUAGUUAAGAAAACGUUGUUAGUAAUUUUGGAUGACAUAUAAAUGACGGAAAUUAAA